AGACGAACGGCUCUAUCGACAUUUCCCUCGCUUCAUUAUGUGUCCCGUUGUGAUCUAGCGAAGGUGCCGUUCUACAUCUCGUGCUUUUCGGACAAUGUGCAAAUGAAGGUAUAAAUCACUGGCGACGCUUCCAAAAAGGGCUUUUCUCUUACGGAAAGCCUUAGUUUUAUCGGUGCUUCUAUAUUGACUUUGUCUUCAUGCUGAGCUGAACUCCUGAACUCAGUGGGCUACGCACCAUACAUCAUGUCUGCAUUGCUGAACUCGACGCAGUCCAUGAUACACGGGGUGUACAACUAUUACCUGUGGACACUCUCCUUGGCAGAUCAUCGGACGCGAGGAUGGCCCUUAGUCGACUCUCCGAUGCCCACAAUGCUGUACACCGUCCUAUACCUGGCCAUCGUGUGGGCUGGACCCAGGAUCAUGAAGCACCGCCAGCCGUUCAGACUAACAUGGGCGCUCAUACCUUACAACUUGUCCAUGGCGGCGCUCAACUUCUAUAUCGCCAGCGAGUUGCUCAGUGCCUCCACGAAGCUCAAGUACAGUUACGUGUGCCAGCCCAUAACGCGGUUGUCCCAUCCAGAGGAGCUAAGGAUAGCCAAUGCGGUCUGGUGGUAUUACGUCUCCAAGCUGAUCGAGUUUUGCGACACCUUCUUUUUCAUCUUACGGAAGAAGGAGAACCAGUUGACCUUCCUGCACGUGUACCAUCACUCGACAAUGUUCUCACUAUGGUGGAUAGGCAUCAAGUGGGUGCCCAGUGGGUCCACCUUCCUGCCAGCGAUGGCCAACAGCUUCAUUCAUGUUCUCAUGUACACGUACUACGGCUUGUCAGCCCUCGGCCCACACAUCGCAAAAUACCUCUGGUGGAAGAAAUACCUCACUAUCUUGCAACUGAUCCAGUUUACAACGGCAAUGAUCAUGGGGAUUAACGGCAUAAAGUCGGGAUGUGACUUCCCUCUGUGGAUGCAGUACAUGCUGGUCAUUUAUAUGAUUUCCUUCAUAGUCCUGUUCGGCAACUUCUAUGCGAAGGCGUAUAUUGAGAAGGGCAAGAGAGCCUUCUAUGGCGAUGACUCCAGGCUGCGCAAUGGAUACAGGAACUGUACCAAUGGCGUCUCAGGCGUUUCCAACGGGGAAAGUAAAAAGAUUCAAUGAAAACAGAGACAUUAGCAAAGAAAGGCCACGAACAAAUUAAGCAGAGAAUGAAGGUAGACAUAAAGUGAGCUAAAGUCAAACAAAUGAAACAAGAUUACCACAUUACACGCAGUAAGCCUUUAAAUACUUUUACAGUGAUUUACAAAGAAGGCCGCUUCCGUAUUGUAUAUUACUUCUGAUGCUGUGAUGUUAGGUUUCAGUUACUUCUGACAGAACAGCGUUUUCUGGAUUUAUAUUCGGAAAACUGGGCAGGAAAUGUAAACUGCGCCAAGCCUUGCCAUUGAAGCAUGCAAGAUACCGAACAACGCACACUACAUCCACUGGUCAUGCACAGAAGUUAGCCAGCAAUUUCUUUAAACCGUUCUUUUUUUUUUCAUUAGUGUCUAAAAAUACUAGAGUGUUAUUUUUCAGAAAAUUGUAGGGAACAUCCAUUUGUGCCAUACAAUUACAUUUUCAUGUAAAAGUAAAGAGUAGGAAAAACAAAAUUUUGUGGAAUUGUGAAGACAACACUGUAGUUGCAAGGAUUACAAUACACUGAGCGAUGCUUCUUCGAAUGCUCAAAUAUAUGUUUAAUAUUCAGUUUAGCUGUAAGCAUACAGAGUAAUCAUUCCGAAGACUUCGCUUAUACAGAAAUUGCACUGUAAAAUUAUCCUAUUCUACUAAGAUGGCCACACUGAAGACAAGAAUUGUAUAUUGUUUUACAUAUAGAGGUGACACAACCAUCUAGCGGUACUUACAAGAAACACUAAGGUACAGGAACCUAGCGAAAAGUUACUAACGGAAUUCUUUGUUGUAUGUUUGCUUUGUUUCCUCGAAAGAAAAGGGCUCAAAAGAGGCUUGGCUCUGUAAAUAUUCUGUAAAAUCAAAAUUAACUUUGAACCAACAGGCGAUCAUGAUCUGUCUAAGCACAGAUUGUUCCUUCAUACUAGAAAUUUGGUAGAUCCUAUUUCCACGAUACCACAUACCAGAGAUUCUAGGGAAAUCUCUUCCAGCGGGUUACCUGAACAAGGCGUGGUGUACCCAUAAAUGUAUCUGAGAUAAACAAGUAACAUAGGUAAGAUUUGAGGCUUUCACGGCGGUGACUAUGAAGAAAGCAGUCUUCUGGGAUUUGGCA